AUGACUUGGGAGGCGUUCCGGGAGAUUCUACUAAUGGAGUACUUUCCGAAAAGUGACAAGCGGAAGAUCAAGGAGGACUUUCGCAAGUUAAGGCAAGGAAGUCGAAUGGUGCGGGAGUAUAAAAGGGAGUUCUCGCACAUGGUUAAUUGUGUUCCCGGCUUGAUUCAUGGUGACCGGGAUCGGGCGGAAGUCUUCGAGCGCGGGUUGCGGCCGGAGAUAUUCAAGACUGUUCAGGCGCUUCGGCUGAAGACCUAUGAAGAGGUGCUCGAUCGUGCGCUAUGGAUAGAGCGCGGUAAUGCCAUUGCGCGCGAGGAAUGCGAGGCGUUUGAAAGGGACAAGGACAGAGAGAAGUCUAAGAAGCGACCGGCUGGUGGUUCCACGGGGCAGUCGAGUUCCAAGCGACCCCCUCGGCACCCUAGAUCGCAAUGGCGACGAGAUAAGAGCCAGACAAGGAGCCAGAUGAGUACCUCUCCAUGCGUAGGCGAUUGGAUUAUGCCGAUCGACCUGUUAGUGUUGAAACAGUUGUGGGGGUUUGAUGUCAUCUUGGGAGUUAAUUGGCUCUCCAAGUACUAUGCCAGCAUCGACUGCGACAGUAGGGUGAUCACUUUUCGUGAGCCUGGUCAAGAAGAGUUUGUGUAUCGGGAGUACCCGGAGUUGGGGGACAUUCGGGUGGUGUGUGAAUAUCCGGACGUAUUUCCGGCGGAGUUACCGGGGUUGCCACCGGAUCGAGAAGUUGAGUUCGUUAUCGACUUGAUUCCCGGUGCGGCGCCGCUAGUUUCAAAGGCUCCGUAUAGGAUGGCGCCGGUGGAGCUUAAAGAGUUGAAGGCCCAGUUGCAGGACUUGCUCGAUAAGGGCUUCAUGAAACCAAGUGUGUCCCCAUGGGGAGCACCAGUGUUGUUUGUGAAGAAGAAGGACGACACCCUUCGACUUUGCAAAGAAUUGAAUAUGAGGCAGCGGCGUUGGCUGGAGUUGAUAAAAGAUUAUGAUCUUACUAUCCUGUACCACCCCGGUAAAGCCAACGUGGUGGCCUAUGCGCUGAGUAGGAAAUCGGUUGAGAACUUGGCGACGGCGAUUACUAGUCAACCGGCAUUGUAUAAGGAAAUGCAACGGUUUGGAUUGGAGGUAGUGGCGCCAGAAGUUUCGAUUAUCUUGGCGGCACUAGUAGUUCGACCGAUCUUGUUGGAGCAAAUUAAGGAGCGGCAAGUUGAUGAUCCGUAUCUCCAAAAGGUGCGGAAUGAUGUUAGUGACGGGCGCUCUGGUGAUUUCAGCGUGGGAACUGACGGUGUACUUCGGUUCAGAAACCGACUGUGCGUACCCAAGGAAGACGAGAUUCAUAAGAUGGUGUUGCAAGAGGCGCAUCAUUCCCCGUAUAGUAUUCAUCCGGGUGGCACUAAGAUGUAUAGGGAUCUAAAGUUGCAUUAUUGGUGGCCGGGUUAUAGCUUGAUGUUGCUUUUGUGCAACAAUGAGAUUUAG